GGACGCUCUGGUCCAGAGCAGCAGGAGCGCUGUCCCGGGGCGCGGCCAGCGCAGCGGCCAGCGAUCUGAAGCAUGGGUGACUGGACCUUCCUGGGAAGAUUACUGGAGAAAGCACAAGAGCAGUCUACAGUCAUUGGCAAGGUCUGGCUGACCGUGCUGUUCAUCUUCCGGAUCUUGUUGCUGGGAGCCGGCGUGGAGUCAGUGUGGGGAGACGAGCAGUCGGGCUUCACCUGCAACACCCUGCAGCCGGGCUGCGAGAACGUCUGCUACGACAAAGCCUUCCCCAUCUCCCACACCCGCUUCUGGGUGCUGCAGAUUAUCUUCGUGUCCACGCCCACCCUCAUCUACCUGGGGCACGUGUUGCACUGCAUGAGCAUGGAGCAGAAGAAGAAGGGGCGGGAGGAGGAGCAGCUGAAGGGAGGCAGCUUGCACCUCACACCUGCUGGGCAGUGCAGGCCCAGCGACCACAGCCAGGACAAGCCCCUUCUGUGGAACAUGCAGGGCAAGGUCCGCAUUGCCGGGGCCCUGCUCCGGACCUAUGUCUUCAACAUCAUCUUUAAGACGCUGUUUGAAGUAGGUUUCAUUAUCGGGCAGUACUACCUGUAUGGCUUUGAGCUGAAGCCGCUCUACCACUGUGACCGGUGGCCCUGCCCCAACACCGUGGACUGCUUCAUCUCCAGGCCCACGGAGAAGACCAUCUUCAUCAUCUUCAUGCUGGUCGUGGCCUGCCUGUCCCUCUUACUCAAUGUGCUGGAGUUAUACCACCUGGGCUGGAAGAAGCUGAAACAGGGUGUGACCAACCACUAUGGCCCAGACACCCCUGAAUCCAGGAUGGGGGCCAAAAAACCUGGGGAAGUGAGCCCACCAUCCUCCCACCCUGGUUUAGCCACCAGUACUGUGGGGUGCCCUCCUUACUGUACCCACUGUGCCUCUUCCCUGGGACAGGCAAUGGCCGCAGCCUAUCCCAGGGCCCUUCCGCCAGCACCAGACUUCAACAAGGCAGCCUUGUCCCAGACACAGGGGAAGGGCCACCCUGACCAAUCCUACGACAGCAGCCACCACCUUCUAACGACAGAGCAGAACUGGGCCAACCAGGAGACCGAACAGCAGACUUCUGUGAGGAUGGCCUCGCCCCCUGUGUCCACAUCCUCCUCCUUUACGCCUCCAGGCAGCUCCCAGCCAAACCCUCAGGGGGACAGAGCAGGCAGCAAAGAGCCUGUCCUGCUGGGGGACAGGGCCGGCAGCACCUUGGGGGAGAGCAGACUGGCAGUGACUGCUGAGGAGGGGCGGCAGGCAGCGCCCCCCGAUGUGGAGAUGCACCCGCCACCUCUGCCCCCCACAGACCCCAGAGGGUCAAGCAAGGCCAGUGAGAGCAGCGGCAGUCGGGCCAGACCCAGUGACUUGGCCAUCUAGUGGUGGUCUCUCCAGACAGCUUUGUGAUGACCUCUUUUCUAGCAACAAAACCAAAGUGCACUUCACCUGAGUGCAGAGAGCACUGGAGCGGGGCAGGGGAAGAUCAGCAGAGAGGCCAGGUUUCCUGUCAGGGCUGCUGCCCUAGUGCUGGAGGGGCCCGGGGGACUCCUGCUCCCCAUGGGGGCGGGCA